AUAGUAAAAUAACAAAGUCAAAGGUUACGGCAGUUUGUUUUCACGUCUUGUUUUUAUUAAUUGCAAAAAUGCAUAAUAAGAAAAGAAAUUCUAGGAAACAAAUGAUUUAAAAUAAUAAAAGUGCUUAAAGACAAAACUCCUAAGAAAAUGUCGAGACAUCGCAAUGUGAGAUCCAUGAACUACUCAGAAGAGUACGAUGGAUAUGAUGAUGUUUACGGACAUUCUGUGGAAGAUGACUACUGUGUUUCUCCUAGUGAAGCUGCUUUUAUGUAUGAUAGAGAAGGAUCAAAAAAUAAACAAAAAAUAGGAGCAUUUUUUCAAACAGUGUCAAAUAUAGCCGAGGAACACGAAGGAGAAGUUGAUUCAAAAGGCUCUGGUUCUGACAUCGAGGAAGCCCGUUUACAGUCUUGCAUUGAUCAGGUCAAAGAAACUUUAGGUUCAUCAUUUUCCAUUAAAGAAAUAGUUUUGUCUCUCAAAAAAAAUAAUUUCGAUAUUGAAAAAACCAUAAAUGAUUUAUUGAUGAAAAGGGCUGAUGGAGAAUUAAAACAGGAAACUGACAAAAAAGGGAAAGCCAUUACAACUCCUCAUCCGCAAAAGGCCCAGGUGGUUAGUUCGAAUCAAACAACUGUUAACGUAACAAAAGGAUUCGAUCUUGCUCAGAAGGAUAUUAGUCGACUAUGUCCUACGCCGCGUUCCGAAUCACCUGGAUCAGGACGCGUUACGCCCAUAAACGUUCAGUCCAAUGAAAAUGAGGAAAAACCUAAGCAUAAAUCUUAUGGCAAAGACGACGUUUUAAAUAAUUAUAAAAAGGACAGAAGCGGCGAGAAAGAACAUUUGUAUAUGAUUGUUAUUGGUCAUGUAGAUGCUGGGAAGUCUACGCUUAUGGGACAUUUACUUUGUGCCCUGGGCCAGGUGAAUCAGAAAACUAUGCAUAAAUAUGAGCAGGAAAGUAGAAAAUUAGGUAAACAGAGCUUUGUAUAUGCGUGGGUACUAGAUGAAACAGGAGAAGAGCGAAACAGAGGCAUCACAAUGGAUGUGGGGAAGUCACAGUUUGAAACGAAUAGUAAAAUUGUGACGUUGCUGGAUGCUCCGGGACACAAAGAUUUCAUACCGAACAUGAUAGCAGGAGCGGGUCAAGCAGACGUUGCUGUAUUGGUAGUUGAUGCAACAAGGGGUGAAUUCGAAACAGGUUUCGACUAUGGUGGUCAGACGCGGGAACAUGCUCUUCUGGUGCGUUCACUGGGAGUGAGUCAACUGGCCGUCGCAAUUAAUAAAUUAGAUACAGUAAACUGGUCCAAGGAACGAUUUGACGAAAUUAUUCAGAAAUUGAAGGUGUUUCUAAAACAAGCCGGAUUUAAAGAUAAUGACGUUGCAUUUGUACCGUGCAGCGGCCUUACUGGUCAAAAUUUAGUCGUUAAACCUACCCAAAAGGAACUUAUCGAAUGGUACCAAGGACCCACUUUAAUUGAGGUCAUUGAUAACUUCAGAGUUUCUGAACGCCCAAUUCUUAAACCCCUUAGGUUUUCCGUAAAUGAUGUUUUUAAGGGUACAGGUUCUGGUUUCUGCGUUUCUGGAAAAGUUGAAACAGGAAGUUUGUCAGUCGGUGAUAAAGUGCUUAUUUGUCCGAGCAGAGAAGUUGCUUCGGUAAAAGGUCUGUUAACUGACGAUUCUCCGAAACAGGUCGUUUAUGCAGGUGACCAAGCGCAGGUAACUCUUUCUGGUAUAGAAAUGCAAAAUGUGUCAGUAGGGAACAUAAUUUGCGACCCGCAAAACCCUGUACAUGUCACUACGAAAUUUCAAGCGAGGGUAGUUAUUUUUAACAUCGCAGUACCCAUUACUAAAGGAUAUUCCGUCGUUUUACAUCAUCAGAGUUUGGUUGAACCAGUAAUUGUCAGUAAAUUGAUUGCGCAAUUAAAUAAAAGUACAGGCGAAGUUAUUAAGAAGCACCCAAGGUGUCUCACGAAAAAUACGAGCGCUCUAAUUGAAAUACAAGUAUCCAGACCUAUCGGUGUCGAACUAUAUAGUGAUUGCAAAGAACUUGGUAGAAUUAUGUUAAGAGUUGGUGGUGCUACUAUCGCUGCUGGACUUAUAACGAAAAUUUUAUAAUUGUUUCUUGCAUUUCCCUGAUGUUCUUUUCCAUUUAAUUAACUGGCCAGAUUAAAUACACUUUUGUUGCCUUUUUUACGCCUAUUGUACGAAAUAAGGCUGAAUUUUAUUGCAGUUGUCUGUUAGGGAAUUAUUUCCUUCUUUAACAUUGUGCUAUUUAAACAAUAUUAUUAUACAAAAAAUGUUUGAUUAUUUUAAAUAUUAAUUGUAUUCAAUAUUAAGCAGCACCUAU